CACAGCGCGCGCGCACACACACACAGUGGCGGCUUGCCUCCAGUUUCGACCGCUCUUCUGUCCUGUCAAAUAACUUAACGAAUUAGUGGUCUUUUGUUACAUUGUGGUGUCCGUGUUAGGGAAUCGAUCCUGGUAAUGAUUCUGCGAAUAACACCCUUCCACUUCAGAACGGACUUCGACUCCUUGUCGAUAAGGCGACAAGCCCCGGAGAAGAGAGAGCCCUCAAGUGUGGAGAAGCGAGGACUGUAGCGUACCGAAGAGAAGAACUGAAUCAAGACUACCGAAUGCCCGCAGCUGUGGAUUAAAACCGUUUGUUAUCGCCUCAGAAAAAAUAUGGACUUCAUCUGACAUAUUGAGAAAAAGAAAUACAGAAACAAAGCUGGGUUCCUCGCAAGCUCCUCGUUUACCCAGCGCGAGCCAAAAUUAGAUAUUUAAUCUCGCGCCCGAUAACAGAUCUCUAAAUGGGCACUUCAAGAUUUAGGGAUGAAGCGAGGCUGUUCGAGGCAGAAGAAACUGAGAGACGGGAAUAUUCGAGAGAUUCGUGCAGUAACGGCACAUGUGGUGAUUUCAACACCGGCUUUCCUUGGCUCAAAUUCGGGGUCGAAUCUGUCGAAAGCCAAGUCCUCAAGGCACACUGACGGAUCUUUCAACUGACCGCAAAUCAAGCCAGCGAGAGGACCAGGUUCUGCAAGACCGCAUGCUUUGGGGAUGGUGCCGUCUCCCCAGGUGUGCGUCUCCACCCUGGUAACCGUGAGCACCAUGGCCGUGGUGGAUCUCUACCUGCUGGAGCAGAGCAUGCUGGUAACUCGCAGCGGCAGCGGCAGUGGCAUGUGGCCGUGCGUGGCCGUUGCCCUGGGAGACCUGUGCUUCCUGCUCGCUCUGCGCUUCGUGUCGGCGGGCGUGGUGUCCGAGGCCGGGUCGCCCCGUCGAGGGUUCGCUAGCGCCCUCUGGUUCCUCUUCCUGUCACUGCUGCAGCUUAAGUUGUUCUUCGUAUGCCAGAACUACAGGCAGGAGCGGCGGCCGCCAGACCCGCUGGCCCGCAAGACUCUCACCCUCCUGUUGUCGGUCUGUCUGCCCUCGCUCUUCAUCAUCCUGACGGGGGCCGAGCACGUCACGCCGCUGCGCCGCAAGCAGGAGGUGCGCGGCCGGCUGCUCUGGGUGGUUCUGGACCUGCUGGACGUGUUGGACCUGCAGGCGGGCCUGUGGGAGGCCAGCACUGGCGGUGCCGGCAGCAGCUCGGCCCCGCUCUGGGCCGAGGGACUGGUGUUCUUCUACUGCUAUGUGUUGCUACUGCUGCUGCCCUGCGUCUCGCUCACGGAGAUGGGGACCGUCAGCGGGCCACGGGGACUAAUCCACCACCACCAGUCGGCACCCCCACUGCUACCACCGACAGUAGCCCAGCAAGAGCACCCUGCACCGGGUCAGGCGUCCAGCCAGGGGCAGGGGAGCCGGAGGGAGGCUGUGUACCCUUGGCUUAGCUUGGUCACCAUCAACGUGUUGACUCUACUGUUGCGGGGCGCGGGGGUGCUAUGGUACCGCGAUCCCCGCGUGUCCACCAUCUUCCUGGGGAAGAACCUGUUGGCCCUGGCCGUGAAGCUGAGCGCGGCCUGGGAGAGGCGGAGGACGAAGGGUGGGUCCCUGGGUGGUUCGGUCACCAGUGGGGGGGUUGGAGGAUGCUCGUCUGGAGCAUCUGGGAGGACAGCAGGGGAGGGGGACGUGGAUGGAGGAGGAGGAGGAGGUGGUGGAGCAGUUGGAGGUGGUGGUGGGGAGGGCAGUGAACGCAGAGCGGAUGGUUCGAGUCCGCCAGGGUCGCUACCGUCCACGAGAUACCACACGCUAACGCGCACACACGCACACGGACACGCCAGGGUCAGCUUGAGCAUGGACCACCCAGAGUCGGCACUCGGACCAGCUUACAUCUCUCGGGAGUUAUGAGGGGGACUCCUGAAAUGUGUCGAAGAGAAAAAAUGCUCUUUCAUCCAGCAGGUGGACUUCUUUGGGGAGCGCUUGAAAGACUUGUCCUUGCCACAAGGACGCAGUACUGAGUUUCGAGUUUCUGGUUUGAACUGAACCUAGACGAUAUCUCUAACGAGUUGUGAGAGAGAUAAAGUACAAAAUAUUUGUUAAGAUUCUCAUUCAUCCAUGUCCAAGGU